AUAAAAGCAUGAGGGAUCAUUCAUCCGAAAUGUACAGCAGGAUUAACUUAUUACAUAGAAAUAAUGGCACUGGGACACCAAGGCAAAUGCUUUGGGUUCGUCCUCUUACUAUGCUUCUUCAGUUCAACUUUCGCACGCAGGAUUCUGAAGGAUCUCCCUAUGAUGGAGCCAAGCCAGUUAGAUCUAAACAAUGCAAUGAAGCCUGGGAUGGAUGUGCCACACCCAGCCCAUGAGGUACGACCUGAGCACAAAGUCAAGCCUGACACUAAACUGCAGUACAUGUCGGGUGUAUCAGAAAAUCCUGAGCACAAAGUCAAGUCUGACCUUGAACUUCAGUUAAUGUCCGGUGUAUCAGAACAUCCCGAGCACAAGGUCAAGCCUGACCAUAAACUGCAAUCCAUGUCCGGUGAAUUAGAACAUCCUGAGCACAAGGUCAAGCCUGACCAUAAACUGCAGUCCAUGCCUGGUGAACCUAAUGAACCAGAUGAUCCUGACCACACAGUUAAGCCUGAUCAGAUAAUGCAGACCAUGGUGAAUGAACCGGAUCCUGACCACACAGUUAAGCCUAAUCAGAUAAUGCAGACCAUGGCGAGUGGACUAGAAGAUCCUGACCACACUGUAAAGCCUAUGGGGUAUGGUGUAGGUAGGGGUUAUGGAAGUGGUGGCUCUGGUGUUGGGUAUGGUGUUGGUUAUGGCAGUGGAGGCAGUGGAUUUGGGGAAGGAAUUGGCUCUAGUGGAGGCAGUGGCUUUGGAGAAGGAAUUGGCUCUAGUGGAGGCAGCGGCUUUGGUGAAGGAAUUGGGUAUGGUGGUGGUUCAGGUAUUGGCAUUGGAGAAGGAAUAGGAUCUGGGUCUGCCCAACCCAAUUGUGGUCCUAUAACGGGAGCUCCAGGUAGCGGAUUUGGUGAAGGCAUUGGACAAGGUAGUGGUCCAGGUGAAGGGAUUGGUAUCGGUAUUGGACAGGGCUCUAGUGGUGGACCAAGUGUAGUUGUCCCAGGCACAACAAUCCCUCCCAUAGUGGUUCCAGGCGCACAGAUUCCAGGCUUUGUGAUUCCAGGAGUAACAGUUCCUGGUUACGGUUCUGGCUGCCAAACAGGUGGCUGCAAUCCGAAUCCACCACACUACUAUAACCCACCAAGCUGUCCCCAUUGCCCACCUUUCACCUCCGGACAAGACAAGCACAUGUCAGACAAAGGAACCAUGACCGAAGCUCUUGCACCAACUUCACUGGAGAUGCAUGUCUAAGCUAGCUUCAAGUGUCCUUGAAA